AUGGUAUGUGAGGAAGAGCCAUUUCCCCCAGAUCUCCAGAGCUCAGAGGAAAGCGAGAUCCUGAGAGGCAGCUGUACAGGUAAUGGGAUGGUGAAUGAGACCAUGGAUCAGAAUCCUCAGCAGGAACAUGAUGAGGAAGUGGAACCACAUGGGGUGUUACUGCAAAGAUGCAAAGAGAGUGUGUCCAGGAGUUGUGAGCAGGAAAAAGCCUGUGAGAGUCAGUACAGGCCAGAGAAGCAGCAGGGAAACCAGCCAACAGGGGAGAAACCCUAUGAAUGCUGUGAGUGUGGGAAAACCUUCGCUCAGAGCUCAAACCUUACUACACAUAAGAGAAUCCAUACAGGAGAGAAACCCUAUGAAUGCUGUGAGUGUGGGAAAUCCUUCACUGAUCACUCAACCCUUAUUAGUCAUCAGAGAAUCCACACAGGGGAGAAACCCUAUGAAUGCUGUGAGUGUGGGAAAUCCUUCUCUCGGAGCUUACACCUUAUUCAACAUCAGAGAAUCCACACAGGAGAGAAACCCUAUGAAUGCUAUGAGUGUGGGCAAACCUUCGCUCAGAGCUCACAGCUUAUUAGACAUCAGAGGAUCCACACCGGGGAGAAACCCUAUGAAUGCUGUGAAUGCGGGAAAACCUUCACGGGUAGUUCAAACCUUAUUAGCCAUCAGAGAAUCCACACAGGGGAAAAACCCUAUGAAUGCUGUGAGUGUGGGAAAACUUUCACUGAUAGCUCAACCCUUAUUAGCCACCAGAGAAUCCACACAGGGCAGAAACCCUAUAGAUGCUGUGAGUGUGGGAAAACCUUCUCUUGGAGCUCAGCUCUUAUUCAACAUCAGAGAAUCCACACAGGGGAGAAACCCUAUGAAUGCUGUGAGUGCAGGAAAACCUUUUCUCAGAGCUCAGCCCUUAUUCAACAUCAGAGAAUCCACACCGGGGAGAAACCUUAUGCAUGUUGUGAGUGUGGGAAAACCUUUGCUCAGAGCUCAAAACUUAUUAGACAUCAGAGGAUCCACACAAGAGAGUGA